ACACAGUGCGGGAUGCACAGGACACCUGCAGGGAUGGGUUCGCUGCUGCGGAGAAUCCCCAGAGCAAUGACCGUGAGGUCAGGAUGUUUACGCAAACUGUAUACAGUCUAUCAGAUGGUGGAACUUCCAGAAACUCAUCAGUUGCUGCGGGAUACCUGCAGAGGCUUUGCGGAAAAGGAACUCACUCCAGUUGCUGCACAGCUAGACAGAGAGCACAAAUUUCCUGCUGAGCAGAUAAAGAAAAUGGGAGAACUUGGGCUCAUGGCAAUGGAUGUACCUGAGAAGUAUGGUGGAGCAGGAUUGGAUUAUCUGGCAUACGCCAUUGCUAUGGAGGAAAUAAGCCGGGGCUGUGCUUCCACGGGCGCCAUCAUGAGUGUAAAUAAUUCAUUGUAUCUGGGUCCAAUUUUGACAUUCGGUUCAGAAGAACAAAAGAACAAUUGGAUAACCCCAUUCACAGAUGGAAAGAAGAUUGGCUGCUUCUGUUUGAGUGAACCAGGGAAUGGAAGCGAUGCUGGUGCAGCCUCCACCACUGCCAGACGAGACGGUGAUCACUGGAUUUUAAAUGGCACAAAGGCUUGGAUCACGAAUGGCUGGGAUGCUUCAGCUGCAGUUGUUUUUGCCACCACUGACAAAUUACUCAAGCACAAGGGAAUAAGUGCAUUCUUGGUUCCAAUGCCUACACCAGGGUUAUCCUUGGGAAAGAAAGAAGACAAAUUGGGAAUUAGAGCAUCAUCCACUACAAACCUCAUUUUUGAAGACUGCAAAAUACCAAAGGAGAACAUUUUGGGAGAACCAGGCUUUGGCUUCAAAAUAGCCAUGCAAACACUAGAUUCAGGUCGGAUUGGUAUUGCCUCGCAGGCCCUCGGAAUUGCUCAAGCAGCCCUGGACUGUGCUGUGGACUAUGCUGAGAAAAGGAUAGCCUUUGGCUCACCAAUCUCCAAACUUCAGGCUACUCAGUUCAAACUGGCUGAUAUGGGCCUGGCACUAGAGAGUGCUCGCUUGUUAACCUGGAGAGCAGCCAUGCUGAAGGAUAAUGGAAAAUCAUAUAUAAAGGAAGCUGCAAUGGCCAAACUGGCAGCAUCUGAGGCAGCAACAAGUAUUGCUCACAAAGCCAUACAGAUUCUGGGAGGUAUGGGUUAUGUUACGGAAAUGGCAGCUGAGAGACACUAUCGUGAUGCCCGCAUAACUGAGAUCUAUGAAGGAACCAGCGAAAUCCAGAGACUAGUCAUAGCGAACCAGUUACUGAAAGGAUACAGAGGUUAAGAGCACCUUUGGGAACAAAAUGUUGACAACACUGAAAAUGCCUAAUGCAGCCAGAGUGUUGGUAAACAAAAACUGAAUUUCUAAACCAUUGCUAUUAAUCUGUGAUAUAAUUUUGAUCCUUCAAACACGGAAAAUAUUUUGCAAACAGGAACUUUGUGGAACUGCAAACUUUUGUCAAACUAAGAAUUAAUAAGUUACAACAUUGAAAGAAAAGUCCAAAGCUUAAAACCAGCAAGAAACAGAAUGAUUUAUCAUAUGAAAUAUUCAAAAUCUUUAAAACCCAGUAAAGUAGUAAUAUUCCUCAAUGAUCCAUCUUUCUGCAUGAUCUCCUUCAGGUUCUCUGUUUUACAGCAUGUGUGACCAUGGCUCUUCAGCCUUUGCAAUUCUUGAUAAUCACUGACAUGUUGACAUUGCUCUUAAAUCUCAAGGCUGUUUUUAUUCUUAUAAACUGUUGUGUAUUUCUUCCUUUGUCUUCGUUUUACUCUGCUAUCUUCAAGUUUAUGUCACAACCAAAUGUCAUGAUUUUUCUUUUCCCAAGUACCUGCCCAAAGAAUUGUAAUUAAGUCUUGGUGAUCAUUUGUUAAAUUCUUCUUUCAUGGCUGUGUUCCUCAAAACAUCCACGUAAGCAUGUGUGGUCACCUAAACCUCAUCAUAUGUCUCAGAAAGCAAACUUCUAUUGUCUUUAAUUUAUCUUCCAUCAUUUUGCUUAUAUUCUAUAUACAUUGACACAAUGGAGCAUUUUGAGAAUCUUAUUCUGUUUUCUAUAAAGCUGGUGAUAUUUCUAAAGAUGGCUGAUAUUUUUGUGGUUUGAUUUGUAAGUCUAAUGUCUUCCUGAUGUUUUGAUAAUUUUUUCCAGCCAGAUGUUGUUAGGCUUCCCAGGUAGGAAAAUGAUUCUCCUUGCAUUAUUUCUUAUGUUUCCUUAUGAUUUCGCAUCUAGGUGUAAUUGUUUGAUACUACCAUACAUUCUGUUAUGUUUCAGUUUACUGAAACCAAAGCUAUUCUUGUUUAUACAAUUGUAUCUAGACGUCUUUGUCGAUCUGCCAUAAUUCUGUGUUAACCACCUAUCUCGGGUUGUUUAGAUUUAGUCCAUGUAUUGAAAUUCUCUGAUGGAUGCCUCAUAACCAUUGCGUUAUUUCCAAGACUGAAAAGAUAUGGAGAUAAGACAUAACCUCAUCAUAUACACUAAUAUAACUGGACUCUGCUUUCUUCAUCCCAAUAUUAUAUAUUAUUUGGGUGCCAAGGUCCUGACAGUUCAGUCCAUUGCAAUAUCUUGGUGGGCUGAAGGGCUCUCCUUGUGCCUUAAUGAAUAUAAAAUUAUAUCCAAUCAGGAGAAAUCACAGGGAGGCAGAAUUCCUCUAUCCAUAGAUUUGUAAACUUAUUUUUAAAAAAAACAUAACAUGUUUACUUACAUGUAAUGCACAGAAGAAACCUUGCUAAUGAGGACUCAGGAACUUGUGUGUUGUUCAUAAAAUAUUAAAAUUCUGCGUGAUUUUUGCUUUCUGCUUUGUGGAUAUAAAUUGAUCUUUGCUUCAUUAGUUGUGAUUGGGUACUUGUUGCUGAUCCGGUUAGUGUACAUGAGCUGCUAAUCAAAUUUUCUCCUUUUUGGUAUGAUUAUUUAUCAACAAAAGUUUGAUUGCGUUGUCAUUGUAUAUUCGCUAGCUGCAGAAAGCACAUUAUAUUAAUGUCUGACCAGAAUCUGCUACUGCAAAAAUAUUUGGCAAUAUUGCUAACUGUUAC